AUGGUCCAAAACGGUCCUCUCAAGUCAGGUGGGAGGUUAAGGCCACAGGACCAACAGAUGCAUCAUGCUGCCCCCAUAAUAGUGAACCAGCCAUACUGCAAACUGGAGAAAAAGUUCACUAAAUCACGCUUUGGUGGAUCUAUCUCACCAAAGCCUAAUUUAGUGGCUAGGAGGAGCCCGAGCCCCUCUGCCACCCCUGCGAGGACUCCCAGCCCCUCUGCCUCCCCUGCGAGGACUCCCAGUCCCUCUCCAUCCUCUGUGAGGACCCCCAGCCAGACUCCAUCCUCUGUGAGGACCCCGAGCCCUGCUAUGUCCACCAGCAUGGCAGAAGUCUGUGAUGCACCUGGAGGAGUUCAGCUGGCCACUGCGGGGGCUGCAGCUUCGGUGUGGUUGCCAGCGGAGAUGUAUAAAAACAUCCCCGUCCAAGACCAGAGGUGGAUUUCGAAUGCCAUCUUCCACUCUGGCAGACUGCGGCAAGACCUUAAGUUGUGGUACGAGCCCCCUGCCCCAGCCCUCAUCUACCACCAGACGCCGACUCCAGACCGCUUCUUCACCCACAGGCUGAUGGUGUGGAUGCCCUACCACCUGUGGAAGGUGAGGGUAACCUGCCCUGAGUGUGGGAAGCAGCUGACGGGGUACGGUGUCCACAAGAGGGCUCGGAAGGUUCUGGACAUCGACAGGUAUUACCUGAUGGUGACAGAGACGCUCAGGUGCACUGUGUGUUCUCUGAACUACCUGUCGACCUCCCAGACUGUCCGGAAACAGCUGGACCUGCCGCACCAGAAGGUGUUCCGGCUGAUCCUGACCCGCAAGUACGCCUGUGACAUCCGUGUCAUCCGCCUGCUGCGGGACCGGACUCUCGGGAACAGUCCAGCACGUCUGGUGAAGCAGUUGAAGGAGAACCAUGGGGAGGAAUGGCUGAACAGGUUGGCACAUUAUCUUGGGGAGUGUGCUGGCUUUGUUGGCCGGCCAAGCCUCUUCCCAGUGGUGUGCCAGGAUCCACCAGAGCCCAUUGCUGUGCCCACCAGUCGAUGGCUGCUCUCGGUCUACGGCAGGGACAUCCUCUCUCGCCUAGACCAUAUUAAGGCCAGCAUAACAUCGACCUUUGGCUCCAUCUUAAAGAUGGCCUCAACCAAACAGAUCACAAAGAAGCUGGCUGGCCAUGCCAAGGGGACUGGGCUCUGGGUCACCUCCAUUGGGAACGAGGUUGGCCAGAUCGUGACCAGUGUGGUGACAGUGCAGGAGGGGCCAGGACUGGACAGGAUGGUGGCAGGAGUGAUGGAGCGGUACCGCCUUGCAGCUAUCGCACCCCCACUGCUGCUGUAUGUGGACUCUGGCUGCUGCAUCAGUGAGGGCUCCAGCAAGCUGCAGAACAGGUUUGGGGAGUGGCCAGACCUCCACAUACGGCUGGACAUCUGGCACUUCAUGCGGAGGCUGGCUGUUGGCUGUACCACCGACGCCCAUCCCCUCUACCCCACCUUCAUGGGCUGCCUCUCUGCCUGCAUUUUCGAGUGGGAUGCAGGGGACCUCUCUCUGUUGCGUCAGGCAAAGAGAGCAGCUCAGGCAGGAAGGUGUGCCAGCCAUUACUGAUCCUGCGGUGGACGCCAGGAUCAGUAAGAAGGAGCUGAGCCAGUACUGCCGCAGGAGGACGCGCGGCGAGGAGGCCACCGUCAGGCUCAUUGAGCGGCUGCUGCAGCAACUGGGCGGAGA